AGCUCCAGCAGCCGUUACUAGCCUCAGGUGCAACUCACACAUCAACCUUUUUACGCAUCUCGUUUCGAGUUUUAUUCAAUUGAGGCUAUUGAUGACCUAAAGAAUAUACUUCUCCUCCAUACUCAGCGUCGAUAAAGGGUCUCACUCCUUGCAAUGCCUCAGAAGCUCAAGCUCGCAUCAGCGCAAGCUCGAACCCUCUCCACGACCGCAGACACGCUCUCUGCUCUCGAAGAAACCACCAAACGGGCCGUAGCCCAAGGCAUUGAUAUCAUUCUCUUCCCAGAAGCCUACCUUGGCGGCUACCCGCGAACCUGCAGCUUCGGGGCUGCUGUUGGCGCGCGUGCGCCGGAGGGCCGCGAGCAGUUUCUCCAAUACUUCCAUGCGGCUGUUGAUCUGGGCGACACCCCCACGGGCGCAGGACAAGCAUGGGUAGACAGGAAGCUCGAACUCCCGCGCGGGAAGGAGUACAGAGGCGAUGGAACUAGGGAGGAACUGGAACGCAUAGCGCGAGAGACGGGCAUAUUCGUUGUAACCGGCCUUGUCGAACGAAGCGGAGGUACGUUGUACUGCGGCGUUGUCUUCGUUUGCCCAAGGUUCGGUAUCCUGGGCAAGAGGCGGAAAGUCAUGCCCACAGGCUCGGAGCGUUUGAUCUGGGGCCAGGGAAGCGCGUCAACGCUGCGCGCUGUGACGACGGAGAUCAAGGGCGUGAGGCUGUGCAUGGGGUCUGCAAUCUGCUGGGAGAACUACAUGCCACUACUGAGACAGAGCUUGUAUGCUCAAAACGUGAACUUGUGGUUCGCACCAACGGCAGACGCGAGGGAUACCUGGGAGUCGUUGAUGCGGACAGUUGGGUGUGAGGGACGCUGUUUCGUGUUGAGUGCAAACCAGUGUGUGAGGAAGAAACAUCUGCCGGAGUGGAUAGCGGGUGGGAAGGGAUCAGAACAAGGAGAGGGUCAAAGCAGUGGCGGGGAGUAUACACCCCGUGAAAGAGGUACCGGAAGAAGAAGGAGCACAAUCACCGUCACGGAAGACAAGCAUGAAAUCUGCUGGCCCGUCAUAAACGCAAAGAAUGAUCAAGAUUCUUCCGCGUCCAACGACGACACGUCAGCCAUCGAUUCCUCGCCGCUGGGCUCCGAACUCCUCCUAAGCCCCAAGCAGACUCCCACGGACAUGCCCACGCAGACUUCUUCAGCACCCCAAGCAUCAACGAGCGAAGAUGAGGAGUUUGUCUCCCGCGGGGGGUCUUGCAUCGUCUCGCCACUGGGCGAAGUUCUCGCUGGGCCACUAUGGGAAGAAGAAGACGAGUUGCUCGUCACUGAGGUCGAUUUCGAGGACUGCGAGAGGGGACGGUUGGACUUUGAUUCUGCAGGUAGUUACUCGCGUAUGGAUAGUUUCAGGUUGAGUGUUGAGGGGUUGAACAUGGACCCGCCGCCUUUCUGAAUGAUCCCUGGCAAAUACAAGGUA